CUGAUGCUGUGAGUCUGCAGCUGCAGUGAAGACGAGCUGUUUACUGCGGACCAGAAGGAGGACAGGAAGGACCGAGAGACGCGCUGAGACAGACAGGUGGACAGACGGACAGAGACACAGACAGAGGACGCCUGCAGUGUUAGGAACUUCCUGUGUGUCGGGGGUCAGAGGUCACGGCUCCAUGUGGUCUGAUAGAAGAUGAGACACCAUGACUUUGGUCGCACAGAUCCGGAGUCUUUACAGCCACCGCUGCCGCAGCGAGUGUCAGAGGACGUCCAGGGUGUGCUGGGUGUGUGUAAGGACAGAUCAGCUGGUUGCCAUGGUGAAGAGCUGGAGGAGGGCGGAGCUAAAAACACAGCUCAGAAGGACACAGGUGGAGAGAAGGACAGGUGUGACCAUCCCGUGGACAUCGCAGGUCUCUUCUCCUUCAUGACGUUUCAUUGGCUAACCCCUCUGGCUGUACACGCCAGCAGGAGAGGACAGCUCCUAUUGGACGAUGUCUGGCCUAUAUCACAGAAGGAGAGUUGCCAUACCAACAGCCUGAGGUUGGCGUCUCUGUGGGAGGACGAGCAGAGGUCAAAGGGCAGCGACGCGUCUCUGUGUCGGGUUGUUUGGUCCUUCUGCAGGACUCGUCUCUGCCUUUCCAUCCUCUGUCUCACCGUCACUCAGCUGGCUGGAUUCAGUGGGCCGGCGUUUGUGGUGAAGCGUCUCCUGGAGUACACCCAGCAGGAGGCGCCCUCCCUGGGAUGUGGUCUCCUGCUGGUCCUGGGGGUCCUGAGCACAGAGCUGGUCCGGUCCUGGUCUCUGGCUCUGACCUGGGCCCUGAACUACAGGACCGGGUGUCGUCUGAGAGGAGCCGUCCUCAGUCUGGCCUUCAGUAAGAUCCUGAAGCUGCGCAGCGUCCGGGACCAGACCGUGGGACAGCUGGUGAACAUGUGUUCCAGUGACGGUCAGAGGAUGUUUGAGGCAGCAGCAGUGGGCAGUCUGUUAGCAGGGGGCCCCCUGGUGGCCGUCCUCGGUGUCGCCUACAACCUGUUCAUACUGGGACCGACGUCUCUGCUGGGCUCAGCUGUCUUCAUCCUCUUCUACCCUGCCAUGAUGUUCAGCUCCAGGUUGACGGCGUACUUCAGGAGGAGGGGCGUGGCCGUCACAGACAGACGGGUGCAGAAGAUGAACGAGAUCCUCAGCCACAUCAAGGUCAUCAAGAUGUACGCCUGGGUCAAAGCCUUCGCCCAGGACGUCCACAAAAUCCGUGAGGAGGAGCGAAGGAUCCUGGAGCUGACCGGCUACUUCCAGAGCAUCACUGUGGGCGUGGCUCCCCUCGUCGUCGUCAUCGCCAGCGUGGCAACAUUCUCCGCCCAUAUGUUGCUAGGAUACGACCUGACCGCAGCUCAGGCCUUCACUGUGGUGACGGUGUUUAAUGCGAUGACCUUUGCCCUGAAGGUCACUCCCUUCUCUGUCAAGUCUCUGUCUGAGGCCUCAGUGGCUGCAGAACGAUUCAAGAGUCCACCUCAUCAGCUCCUCACCUGUCAGGUGUGUCUCAGUGUCCAAUCUGUCCCACAGGGAACUCUGCGCGCCUCCUCAAAGCUACAUGACCAGCUCUUCCACAAGAUCCUCCGCUGCCCCAUGAAGUUCUUUGACACGACGCCCACCGCACGAAUCCUCAACCGCUUCUCCAAGGACUUGGACGAAGUCGACACGCGUCUGCCCUUCCAGGCUGAGAUGUUCAUCCAGAACGUGAUCCUGGUCUUCUUCUGCCUGGGCGUCAUCAGCUGUGUUUUCCCAUGGUUCCUGGCGGCAGUGGGUCCUCUGGUGUUGCUGUUUGCGGCACUCCACAGCGUCUCCAGGGUUUUCAUCCGGGAACUGAAGCGUCUGGACAACGUGACGAUGUCACCCUUUAUGUCCCACAUCACCUCCAGUAUCCAGGGUCUGGCCACGCUGCAGGCCUACGGCCGGGGCGGCGACUUCCUCCGCAGGUACCAGGUUCUGCUGGACCAGAACCAGGCUCCCUUUUACCUCUUCAGCUGUGCAAUGCGCUGGCUGGCAGUCCGUCUGGACGUCAUCAGCGUGGCUCUGAUCAGCAUCACCGCCCUGAUGAUGGUCCUGAUGCACGGCCAGAUCCCUCCUGCCUACGCCGGCCUCGCCAUCUCCUACGCCGUCCAGUUAACAGGGUUGUUCCAGUUUACGGUCCGACUGGCCUCUGAGACCGAAGCUCGCUUCACCUCAGUUGAGAGGAUCCAUCACUACAUCCAGUCUCUGUCCCAGGAGGCCCCAGCCCGGGUCAAAGGUCGGGCCCCUCCAGCUGACUGGCCACAGCAGGGGGAGCUGGUGCUCAAGGAGGUGGAGAUGAGGUACCAGGAGAACCUCCCUCUGGUCCUCAACAGGAUCUCCUGCAGCAUCCGGCCCAAAGAGAAGGUGGGCAUUGUCGGCCGGACCGGAUCAGGGAAGUCGUCUCUGGGCGUGGUCCUGUUCAGGCUGGUGGAGCGCUGCGGCGGCUCCAUCCUGAUAGAUGGCGUGGACAUCAGUGACAUCGGACUGGCUGACCUGCGCACCAAGCUGUCCAUCAUCCCUCAGGACCCGGUUCUGUUCGGAGGGACCGUCAGGUCCAAUCUGGAUCCUCUGAACCAGUACAGGGAGGAGCAGAUCUGGGACACUCUGGAGAGGAGUCACAUGAAGGAGUGUGUGUCCCAGCUGCCCCUCAUGUUGGACUCAGAGGUGGUGGAGAACGGAGAGAACUUCUCUGUAGGAGAGAGACAGCUGCUGUGUGUCGCCAGAGCUCUGCUGAGACAAUGCAAGGUGCUAAUCCUCGACGAGGCAACGGCGGCCAUGGACGCAGAGACAGACGCUCUGAUCCAGGAGACCAUCAGGAGUUCGUUCCAGGACUGUACGACCCUGACCAUCGCUCAUCGCCUCCACACUGUCCUCGCCUCAGACCGCAUCAUGGUGCUCAACCAGGGUCAGGUGGUGGAGUUUGACGAGCCGUCCAAGCUGCUGGCCAAUGAGAACUCUCGGCUGCGCUCCAUGAUGGUCGCCAUGGAGACCAAGAUCUCUGUCCGAGGAUGAGGACGAGGAUGAGGAUGAGGAUGAAGGUGCUGUUCCUGUACUGUGUAAACUCUCUGUUACUUCCUGUUUCUGCAACAGGAAGACGUUUUUUUUUGUGUGUGUUGGUGUUUUCCUGUCAGCUGUUUGGCGCCAUCUGAUUGGACGUCUGCAGAGCGUCAGGAGCUGAAAUAUAAGCUAGUUAUUUAUCUGCAUCACUUCCUGUCAUGUUUAUAUUUUUGAUGCUGUCUCCUGAUGUUGUGUUCACACCAGGCGACGAGUGAAUCACAUGUAAAGAUAUGAUUACACGUGAAAUCCUGCCGGGCGGCAUGAUGGACAAGAUGGACGUGACAUGCAUGACGCAAAUUAAGCAGCACAGAAAAUCACGAAAAUUCACGUGUCUUUGGCACUUGCGUACACAUGAUGUCACACACACAUGACAUGAGUCAACACAAAAUAUUCUACUGUUCCAUCUUGUGAGAGUAACAUGACGCGUCUGGCGUGAACGUGACCAAACAGUUUCAUGUACGAUAACUUUCAGUGUGAGUUAGUUUAGUUCAUGUUUCCUGUGAACGAAUGCAGAUGAAGAAAAAUGAUGUGUGUGUUGACUGCACACGAAACACACACACAAAUAAUGAUAAUUAAAAUCAUGAACAAAAAGUUGAAAUAGAAUAAAAGAGGACGUUUGUUAAAUGAACGUCAGAUGGUUUAUGAGCUCCCUCUGGUGGCGCACAGAGGAAAUACAACAUAAAUUAAAUUCAUGUUCUGAACAGCUUCACUCUGAUAAACGUCGUCCUGACGUGUUUCUGUUUCAGCCUGUGACCACGUCGCCUUCAUGAACGUUGUGAAUUCGUCCUGAUGAGUUACAAGCUGAGCUGUGAUGGGGAGGUCGUCAGCACGGGUCAAAUGAACGGAUUAAAAUCACGGCGCCGUACCGUCGACCCAACGACUCAUUCUGAAACUCUGAUCAUCAGAGGAAACGUCUGAAACUGACCCAAAAACAGCCGCUGUGAUGAUAACAAAUGCUCCCUGUCAUCGACGACCUGGCGUUAUUUAUGAGCCUGCAGCGCUGUGAACACGUGAACAUGGGAACACGUGACCAUGUGACUGUGUGUGUGCACACGCUGAGGUGAGAGGGCCGCACAACCUUUAAACCGGCUGAUUUUUACUGAGACAUCAGUGACACCUCCACCCACUCUCCAUUUUCCAGGUAUUUCCAGUCAUUUUUCAGCCCAAACAUGAUCUUUUCCUGAUGAUAACCAAGUCGUGUUUGUGCCUAAACCUAAACAUGUUUUGAAACUUUACGUUUCAACAACAGCGUUGCUGUAGCUACAUAAUAACGUACAAACAUAACAUAUCUGUGGUUCACAGAAACGUUCUGUGAUGAGGAGCGACAGAAAAACUGGGAUUGAUUGUCUUGUCAGUCCAAAGAGUGCGCGCUCUCGCCUCAGAGACAGUUUGUGCUAAAAUUUUAACAGUUGUACGUCCAGUUGUCUGUUUGCUGAAGUUGCUCACACUCUCUGGAGAACUCAUAACGUUGCAUCCGCUCAUCGUCCGCUCGUCGUCCGCUCCGUCAUUAGCUUUUUUUAAGAUGCAGAGGAAGUCUGCGUCACAUUACAGAUGUUUUAUGGAUCUAAAAAGCAGCUUCAAACUGUCCUGGUGAGUUUCAGAUUGAUCAGAUUGAUCAGAAUGAUCAGCUCCAUUGACCACAGAUCUCUAGCUGAGUUUAACAUGAGCUGACCCCGCCCUCUGACGUCAUGUCAGAUCAGAAGAAUUGUUAAACUUUACGUACAUGUUCAUGCGAGUAACGACUCUGACUCUGUGGUGUUGUUGUGUUUGGGUGCGACACGUCGGCUCCUCAGGGCCCCCAACCUACUUUUAGUUUUGAAAACAUUUCUGACGUCCUUGGUCGCUAAAAUACUCGUGAAACUGAGCUCACGUGUUGACACCUGUUAACUUUACGUGAACAUACAGUGACUGAUUUCAGUGUGUUUCCCCCUGAUGUGAGGGAGGCCUCAUCUGGGACAGAGUUCUUCUCAUAUACACUAAAUUUAGGACGCACAUGUCUCUGAGCAUUUCAGACAUUUUUGUUAUUGGGUUUCAUUUUGCUAUUUGACAUUUUCUACUAACUCCAUAAUACAGAAGAUAUUUUAUGUAACGUACUUAAAUAUGUUCGUAACUUAAAGAAACAGUUUUGCGCUUAAGUCACAUGACAAAGGACUUCCAUCCAAGAGGCUGAUGUUUAUUUCCUGUUUGAAACUAAAACUCAACAUUGACUUUUUUUAACUUGUGUAUUAAAAUUAAUUUCCGUCAUGUACUUAAGUUAUGUGACAAACAGAGGAUGUUAAUGCAGUGCAGCUUCACUUACUGUCCUUGUUUCAUGACCUGAACUGUUGAUGAUGAUGAUGCGCAUGUUAAACUGAACCAGAGUCUGAAGUGACAUCAUCAACACAAACAGCACAAAACGCUGAGACGAUAAAACAUCACAGUGACCUUCAGAUAAAUAUGUAAAUAAAAGCAAUAAAUAAAAUAUGAAUAUUGAUGGUGAGGCCUGCAGGUGUGUAAAUCUUCUUCUUCUCUUUUUAAAACUCGUGUGUUUGUUUCGUGCCGUCGUCGCAGAUUUAUAUCAAUGUUUCCUGUUUGGACAGAACCGCCAAAAUAAAAGCCACACUACAGGAAGUGGAGAGUCCAGUCAUGUGAUGUGUCACAUGACAGCAUGAUUUUUAACAAACAAACAAACAAACAUGUAGAAAACAAUAACGUGUCUGUGUGUUUUUUAACAGCCUUACAGCAUGAUGACGUCAUAACUGCCUUGUUGGGGGGGGGGUCUGAAAUAUUGUCAAUAAAGU